AAAGGAACAAAUUUCCUUUGUCCUUUUUCCCCAUUUUUCCAUACUUUUUUUUUUGUUUUCUCCUUGUGCCUUACUAUCCCCGUUCUCUUUAUCUACUAACUGUCCUUUUAGCUUUACUUUUUGUGUAUAGUACCACUUUCAAAUUCAAACUAAUAAUUAGAUCAAAUCUUUGGAUUUAAACACCCAUGAAUCAACUAGAUUUCUUCAAGAAAUUCAACAAAUUAAACCCACUUGAAUUAUCAAUAAGUAUUAUUGGGUUUUUGAUUCUAACUUUAUGUCUUCUUUGUUCUUUCUUCUACUUUGAUAAUAGAGUGGGGUCACAAGCUAGACUUACUUGGUGGUUUGGGAUUUCUGCUACUGAAAAUGGGCAGUUCUUAUUUUCUGAAAAAGAUUGUGACUUUUUUGAUGGAAAAUGGGUUUGGGAUGAAACUUACCCUCUUUAUAACCCUAAAAAUUGUUCCUUUAUUGAUGGAGGUUUUAGGUGUUCUGAAAAUGGUAGACCUGAUAAUUUAUUUACCAAAUGGAGAUGGCAACCCAGAAGAUGCAAUUUGCCCAGAUUUGAUGCAAAGCUGAUGUUAGAAAAGCUCAGGAACAAGAGGCUUGUAUUUGUUGGAGACUCGAUUGGAAGAAACCAAUGGGAGUCGCUUCUAUGUAUGCUUUCUUCCGCAGUCUCUAACAAGACUUCAAUCUACGAAGUAAAUGGAAACCCGAUAACAAAACACAUGGGAUCGUUGGUGUUUCUGUUUAGAGAUUAUAAUUGCACUAUUGAAUACUACAGAGCUCCAUUCUUAGUGGUGCAAGGCAGGCCUCCAGCUGGUUCUCCCCCGAGUAUAAAGUACUCUCUGAAAGUCGAUCAGUUGGAUUGGAGCUCUGGAAAAUGGAUAGAUGCCGAUGUGCUUAUUUUUAAUGCUGGUCAUUGGUGGACUUAUGACAAGACGAUUAGGAGCGGCUGCUACUUUGAAGAAAGAAAUGCGAUAAAGAUGAAUAUGAGUGUUGAAACUGCUUUCAGGCGGUCAAUAGAGACUCUUACAAACUGGAUUGAUACUCGAGUAAAUAUAAGCAAGACAAGUGUCUUCUUUCGGUCCUAUGCACCCGUGCACUUCAGUGGAGGUGACUGGAAGACGGGUGGUACAUGUCAUUUGGAGACGAUGCCAGACUUAGAUGCUCCUUACAUGCCCCAUAUUUGGGGCCAUUACAAUAUCUUGAACGAUGCUCUGUCCGAUCAUGCAAACCGAACUGGUAUGACUAAAGUGAACUUGUUGAAUGUCACCUAUAUGACAUUACAGAGAAGAGAUGGCCAUUCGUCACUUUACUAUUUGGGGCCGAAACCUGCUCCCAUUCAUCGGCAAGAUUGUAGUCAUUGGUGCUUGCCAGGUGUUCCCGACACAUGGAAUGAACUUCUGUACGCAGUCCUCCUCAAGGACCAUUUCCAUUCAUCGAAGAAUUUCACAGGAGUCUUUUAAGAUGAAGCCUGGUCUAGAAUUCGAGAUCAAUCUUUCCCGGUUGAACGAAAAAGGGUUGUUGGAUUGACGGAUUUAUUCACCCGAACAAAAAACUCAAUUUUGACUUUAAAAUUACACGGUUUGUCAUACUGUUGUAGGAUAAAUUUUCUAGAUCGUUUGUAAAUCAAUAUAUAACGAACACCAAAGCUAGUCCUCUGCUGUUCAUGUAUCGGUUAUUGCGUGACUCGAUCUGUGUUCAAGUCGAUGGGGCUAGAAAAGUAAUCGGAGCUGUGAAAACGAGGACUCCAAUGCGUGAUAACGAAAGCUCGUCUCUCGGGUGAAUCAAAGACGGACAUUGAAAUUUUUAUGGACUGCUGCUGUGCAAGAAUGGAUUUUAUUCUGAAUAUUUGUAUAGGAGUGUUAGUAGUAGCAUAUCAUUCUUUGGUCUACAUAUUAUAUCUUCUUAAACUAACAUAGUAAUUACUAUUUAUAAAACAAUAUUGUUUUACUUCAUCUUUAUAGUAUACGGAGAAAAGAUCUUGUUUAAUUUGUUUUAAUUUUUGAUGUGUAUUUUUUU